UCUCAAAUCUGACCCUUCUCCUUCCUUACGAUCUGAUCCUCUGAACCUCACUUCUUCCUCCAUUGAUGAAAGAAAGAAUCGAGUGGGCAUAAUAGGAGCUGGGGCGCGACCUCAUAACUCACUGAGUUAACUCGCUGCCAUUGUUGAAGCAACUCACUGAGUUCAUGGAAAGAUCUUAGCUCGAAGCGGCUUCGUUUUCAUUCUCCAAUUUCGAGAUCCCAACUGUCACUAACUCAGAGAUCCUUUCCAGCUCGGGAAUGGCUUCUUCGGAAGCCGAUUCCCGUCUGAGUCAGGUCGUUGUCCCUGCCCUUGAGAAAAUCGUCAAGAACGCUUCCUGGCGAAAGCACGCGAAGCUUGCUCAUGAGUGCAAAUCGGUUAUCGAAAGGCUUAAUUCACCUCAGACACAGGAGUUACCUGGCUCACCCUCCGAUAACGAGCCCGAGACUUCGGUGCCGGGGCCACUCCAUGACGGUGGUCCUGUGGAGUACUCGCUUGCGGAGUCUGAAUCGAUUCUUAGCCCUUUGAUCAAUGCGGCCAACUCUGGUGUCUUGAAGAUCGCUGAUCCUGCUGUUGAUGCUAUCCAGAAAUUGAUUGCCCAUGGUUAUCUACGCGGCGAGGCGGACUCCGGAGGGGGUGGUUCCGAAGCUAAGCUCUUGGCUAAUUUGAUUGAGUCAGUAUGUAAAUGCCACGAUUUGGGAGACGACGCAAUGGAAUUGUUGGUGCUGAAGACGCUUUUGUCUGCUGUAACGUCGAUAUCUUUGAGAAUUCAUGGUGAUUGCUUGCUCCUCAUUGUAAGGACUUGCUAUGAUAUAUAUCUGGGUAGUAAAAAUGUGGUGAAUCAAACGACGGCUAAGGCGUCGUUGGUUCAAAUGUUAGUGAUAGUGUUUCGGAGAAUGGAGGCGGACUCUUCCACCGUCCCAAUUCAACCAAUUGUAGUGGCUGAGUUAAUGGAACCUGUUGAAAAAUCCGAUGCAGACAGUUCAAUGACGCAGUUUGUGCAAGGUUUUAUCACGAAAAUUAUGCAGGAUAUAGAUGGCGUGCUUAACCCUGUGACCCCUGGUAAAAUUUCUUUAGGUGGGCAUGAUGGUGCAUUUGAGACCACUGCAGUGGAGACCACUAAUCCUACGGAUCUGUUGGAUUCCACGGACAAAGACAUGCUAGAUGCAAAAUAUUGGGAAAUCAGUAUGUAUAAGACAGCAUUGGAGGGAAGGAAGGGUGAGUUGGCGGAUGGGGAGGCCGAGAGAGAUGAUGACUUGGAGGUUCAGAUCGGAAAUAAGCUGCGGAGAGAUGCCUUUUUGGUGUUUAGAGCACUUUGUAAAUUAUCUAUGAAGACGCCUCCCAAGGAGGCCUCAGCUGACCCGCAGCUGAUGAAGGGGAAGAUUGUGGCACUAGAGUUAUUGAAGAUUUUGCUGGAGAACGCUGGAGCUGUAUUCAGGACUAGUGAAAGGUUUUUGGGUGCCAUCAAGCAGUACUUAUGUUUAUCAUUGUUGAAGAACAGUGCUUCAACUCUUAUGAUAGUUUUCCAGUUAUCUUGCUCCAUUUUCAUCAGUCUCGUAUCCAGGUUUAGAACUGGAUUAAAAGCAGAAAUUGGAGUAUUUUUCCCUAUGAUUGUUCUGAGGGUUCUGGAAAAUGUAGCUCAACCUAAUUUUCAGCAAAAGAUGAUAGUUCUUCGUUUUCUAGAGAGGUUGUGUGUUGAUUCGCAGAUAUUAGUGGACAUAUUUCUCAACUAUGACUGCGAUGUCAAUUCAUCGAACAUAUUUGAGAGGAUGGUCAAUGGACUUCUUAAAACUGCACAGGGGGUCCCACCUGGUGUAGCAACUUCACUUUUGCCUCCUCAAGAGGCAACCCUAAAAUUUGAGGCCAUGAAAUGUUUGGUUGCUGUUUUAAAAUCAAUGGGAGAUUGGAUGAACAGACAAUUGCGCAUUCCAGAUCCUCAUUCAACCAAGAAAACUGAAGCUAGUGAUAACAACCAUGAAACUGGAGGCCUUUCAAUGGCAAAUGGCAAUGGAGAAGAGCCUGUUGACGGAUCAGACUCUCAUUCUGAAGUCUCUAGUGAAUCUUCUGAUGCUUCAACCAUUGAGCAACGCCGGGCUUACAAACUGGAACUUCAGGAAGGUAUAUCCCUGUUUAAUAGGAAGCCUAAGAAAGGAAUUGAAUUCCUCAUCAAUGCUAACAAGGUGGGUAAUUCACCAGAGGAAAUAGCUUCUUUUCUAAAAGAUGCAUCUGGAUUGAACAAGACUUUGAUCGGUGAUUAUCUGGGAGAAAGGGAAGAAAUGUCCUUGAAGGUUAUGCAUGCGUAUAUUGAUUCUUUUGAUUUUCAAGGGAUGGAGUUUGAUGAUGCAAUCAGGGUCCUUCUUCAAGGCUUUAGACUGCCUGGUGAGGCCCAGAAAAUUGAUCGAAUCAUGGAGAAGUUUGCUGAACGCUAUUGUAAAUGCAACCCUAAGGCCUUUUCUAGUGCCGACACAGCUUAUGUCCUUGCUUAUUCUGUCAUAAUGCUCAAUACUGAUGCUCACAAUCCUAUGGUGAAAGAUAAGAUGUCCGCUGAUGAUUUCAUAAGAAACAACCGUGGUAUAGAUGAUGGAAAAGAUCUACCAGAGGAAUACUUGAGGUCAUUGUUUGAAAGAAUAUCUAGAAAUGAGAUCAAAGUGAAAGAUGACAACCUUGCUCCACAGCAAAAGCAGACUGUGAACUCUAACAGACUGUUAGGCUUGGAUACUAUCCUGAAUAUUGUUAUUCGUAAGCGUGGGGAUGACAGUUAUAUGGAGACCAGUGAUGACCUUAUCAGACACAUGCAAGAACAAUUCAAGGAAAAAGCUCGGAAGUCUGAGUCAGCCUAUUAUGCAGCUACGGAUGUGGUAAUUCUUAGAUUUAUGAUUGAGGUGUGUUGGGCGCCAAUGCUAGCUGCCUUCAGCGUUCCUCUCGAUCAAAAUGAUGAUGAAGUUGUAAUAGCUCUGUGUCUUGAAGGCUUCCGCUAUGCUAUUCACGUUACCUCUGUAAUGACCAUGAAGACCCAUAGAGAUGCUUUUGUGACUUCAUUAGCCAAGUUUACCUCCCUACAUUCUCCUGCUGAUAUUAAACAGAAAAACAUAGAUGCUAUCAAGGCUAUAGUUACUAUUGCUGAUGAGGAUGGGAAUUACUUACAAGAAGCUUGGGAACAUAUCUUGACAUGUGUUUCCCGGUUUGAGCAUCUACAUCUUCUUGGAGAGGGGGCUCCACCCGAUGCCACAUUCUUUGCCUUUCCUCAGAAUGAUUCUGAAAAACCAAAGCAAGGAAAAUCAACCACUCUUCCUGUUUUGAAGAAGAAGGGACCUGGGAGGAUGCAAUAUGCAGCUGCCACUGUGAUGCGGGGUUCAUAUGAUAGUGCUGGUAUUGGGAGUAACACUUCUGGAGUCACGUCAGAACAGAUGAACAACCUAGUUUCUAAUCUGAAUAUGUUGGAACAAGUUGGAAGCUCAGAAAUGAAUCGAAUAUUCACUCGGAGUCAGAAAUUAAAUAGUGAGGCCAUAAUUGACUUUGUCAAGGCUCUGUGCAAGGUCUCCAUGGAAGAACUGAAAUCUCCAUCUGAUCCACGGGUUUUCAGUCUUACAAAGAUUGUGGAGAUUGCGCACUAUAAUAUGAACCGCAUCAGGCUUGUCUGGUCUAGCAUCUGGCAUGUCCUCUCUGAUUUCUUUGUAAACAUAGGCUGUUCUGGAAACCUUUCAAUUGCAAUUUUCGCAAUGGAUUCUUUGCGGCAAUUGUCAAUGAAGUUUCUAGAGCGUGAAGAGUUGGCUAAUUAUAACUUUCAAAAUGAAUUUAUGAAGCCUUUCGUCAUUGUUAUGAGAAAAAGUAGUGCUGUUGAAAUUAGAGAACUGAUUAUCAGAUGUGUAUCUCAAAUGGUUUUAUCUCGUGUCAACAAUGUCAAAUCAGGAUGGAAGAGCAUGUUCAUGGUAUUCACCACAGCAGCUUAUGAUGACCACAAAAAUAUUGUCCUCUUAGCUUUCGAAAUAAUUGAGAAGAUUAUUCGAGAUUACUUUCCUUAUAUCACUGAGACUGAAACCACCACCUUCACAGAUUGUGUGAAUUGUCUAAUUGCUUUCACCAACAGUAGAUUUAACAAAGAGAUUAGCCUAAAUGCCAUUGCUUUUCUCCGUUUUUGUGCAACAAAACUAGCGGAAGAAGACCUUGGUGCUUCUUCGAGGAAUAAGGACAAGGAAACAUCUGGAAAGAUUUCUACACCUUCACCACGAACAGGAAAAGAGGGUAAACAUGAUCCUGGAGAGGUGACUGACAAGGAUGAUCAUCUCUAUUUUUGGUUUCCUUUAUUGGCUGGUUUGUCUGAACUUAGCUUCGAUCCUAGGCCGGAGAUAAGAAAGAGCGCCUUGCAAGUUCUGUUUGAAACCUUACGUAACCACGGCCAUCUCUUUUCACUAGGUUUAUGGGAAAAGGUAUUUGAAUCAGUCCUAUUUCCCAUAUUUGAUUAUGUGCGCCAUGCCAUUGAUCCUUCUGGAAGUAGUGCACUUGGGAAUGAAGUGGAGCCUGAAGGUGAGCUUGAUCAAGAUGCAUGGCUUUAUGAGACAUGCACAUUGGCCCUCCAAUUGGUGGUGGAUCUUUUUGUUAAAUUUUAUGAUACAGUCAAUCCACUUCUGAAGAAGGUUCUGAUGCUCCUGGUAAGCUUUAUAAAGCGCCCUCAUCAAAGCCUAGCUGGCAUUGGUAUUGCUGCAUUUGUUCGUUUAAUGAGUAAUGCUGGGGAGUUGUUUUCUGAAGAAAAGUGGUUAGAAGUGGUUCUGUCGCUAAAAGAAGCGGCAAGUGCAACACUUGCUGACUUUUCGUUCCUUGAAAAUGGUGAGUUGUUGGCUAGACAUCAAGAACAUAAUUCAGCUGGUGAUGAGUAUGACGACGAACACGGUGAGUCUGGCUCUCCUGAUGAUAAUUCUGAAAGGCAGAGGACUCAUCAACUUUAUGCAUAUUUAUCAAAUGCGAAAUGCCGAGCUGCUGUUCAGCUUUUACUUAUUCAGGCAGUGAUGGAGGUCUACAACAUGUAUCGGUCUCACCUUUCAGCCAAAAACAUGGUAGUCCUGUUUGGUGCCUUGCAUGACGUGGCAUUACACGCUCACAAGAUUAACAGCAACAGUAGUUUACGUUCUAAGCUUCAAGAGUUUGGCUCUGUGACCCAAAUGCAAGAUCCCCCGCUGUUACGCCUUGAGAAUGAGUCCUACCAAAUAUGCCUUACAGUUUUACAGAACCUUAUUGAGGACCGGCCUUCAAACUAUGAGGAGGCUGAGGUUGAAACUCAUCUGGUCCAACUUUGUCAGGAGGUUUUGGAGUUCUACAUUGACAUUGCAGGUCUCAGACGAACACCUGAAUCAUCUGAUGGGGGGCAGCCUCAUUGGUUAAUUCCUUCGGGCUCUGGGAAGCGACGAGAAUUAGCUGCGCGUGCACCUCUUGUUGUGGCUACCCUUCAGGCCAUAAGUAGUUUGGGAGAUUCUUCUUUCGAGAGGAACUUGGCUCACUUUUUCCCUAUCCUCUCAAACUUGAUAAGCUGCGAACACGGUUCAAAUGAGGUCCAGGUGGCCCUCAGUGACAUGCUUAGUUUAACAGUUGGUCCUGUUUUGCUUCGUUCAAACUGAUCUUGGCCAUGCAUUUCAAGGCGUAGGAUAAUUUUUGGUCUAAGAUUUUUUUGUUUAUAUUUUCCCCUCGUUUGCCUCUCCUUUCUCAGAUAUAGCUUGAUAGUAGUACAUGAAAAAGAUGGUAGCAGUUUUCUCCUAGCUGUACCUUCCAAAUCUUCUGUAUUCAGAAGCCUCCAUUUUCCAAUCCGAAUUGUGUAUCGAUACAGGUGGUUUAAUGUUGUAUGCUUACGUUUUCCCCUCAUUUUUGACAUUAGAGUGAUACCUAUAAAGUUUGAGAUUUACUUUUCUUGAUAUAUUUAUUGAUUUAAUUGUUGCUGGGCAGU